AUGACUCGCACUUUUUGCUCGGUGGUGUCUACGACAGAUGCAUUCGAUGAGGCUUUAGCUGAAACAUUUUCCAAGGGCUUUGCGAAUAGCACGGACUUAGUACGGGCUGUACGAGAAUCAAUACGACAACACGAGCUGCUGCAGCAACGUAAUAAACAUAGUAGAUCCAAACGCGCCGUCAAACGUGUUUGUUAUGGCGAACUCGGCUGCUUUGAGGACUCCGGCCCUUUCGCUUACUUGGAAAUGUUGCCCUCGCCACCGGAGGACAUCAACACCAAGUUCUACUUUUACUCCACAAAAAAUCGUUCCGAGCGACCACUUAUGGAGUUGCCUUUCCUCAAUAUGACCGAUACCUUUGCUAGCGUCGCAAGCAGCUCACAUUCGAUACGACGCAGAGCAGGCUCAGCGAAUGAUACAGCCGCCACAGACACUUCAGCUACAACCACUACAACUACAACGACAACAACAACCACUACACAGCGUAGCGUCUUCAAAAGCACUCCAUUGACGCUGGACGAACUGCAUGGCUUCGAUGAGCUCUCGGUGCGUGUUAUUGUGCACGGUUUUGGUUCGGCCUGUCCGCACGUGUGGAUCUAUGAAAUGAAGACGGCUCUAAUGGCGGUGGAAGACUGCAUUGUUAUUUGCGUUGAUUGGGAGAACGGCGCUACUUUCCCAAAUUACGUGCGUGCUGCAGCCAAUACGCGACUGGUCGGCAAGCAAUUGGCUAUGCUUUUGCGGAAUUUGCAAGAGCAUAAGGGUCUCAACUUUACCAGAACGCAUAUAAUUGGUUUUAGUUUGGGUGCGCAUGUGUCCGGCUUUGCCGGCGCAGAGCUGCCGGGUUUGGCGCGCAUUACUGGUCUGGAUCCGGCAGGUCCGCUCUUCGAAGCGCAGCACCCGAAAGUGCGUCUGGAUAAUACGGAUGCGGAGUUUGUGGAUGUGAUACACUCGAAUGGUGAGAACUUAAUACUCGGUGGCUUGGGUUCGUGGCAGCCGAUGGGACAUGUGGACUUCUAUCCGAAUGGUGGACGUGUGCAGACGGGUUGCUCGAACCUAUUCGUGGGCGCAGUGACGGAUUUUAUAUGGUCGGCUCAAACGGCUGACGAGGAAGAAGGUCGCUCGCUUUGCAAUCAUCGGCGUGCUUAUAAAUUCUUCAUCGACUCUGUAGCGCCCCGCUGCAUGUUCCCCGCUUACCCAUGCAAAAACUAUGACGACUUUAUUAAAGGUGAAUGCUUUCCAUGUGCACAGAACGAUGAAGAUAUCGCUGAAGGUGUGCCACGUUGCGGCAAUAUGGGCUAUUAUGCAGAUCGUUCUACAGGGCGGGGUCAACUUUAUCUGCUGACACGAGAAGAGGAACCAUUCUGCGCACAUCAAUUUAAGCUGGAGAUAUUCAACUCUUUCAAUGAUCUGCCGCUAAGGACUAUUGGUCGUUUAGAGGCCACGCUCGAAGGUGAAGGUGGGCUGAACGAAACAUUCAAGAUAUCAGAGAAAGAUGACUCUGAAUUUUUCGCUGGUGAUAUCGUUUCGAAAAUCAUUGUACCACACCCGGCUUUGGGCUUUCCAACUACACUUAGUUUACACUACAAAUCGUAUAGCGGUUGGCUGUCCAAAGGUCUGCCGCAUUGGGAUAUCGAUAAGGUAGUGUUAACAGACAGCUUUGGUCGCAGCCACUCGCUCUGUAAGCCUUCAACAAAGCUCUCGUCCGGCACACCAGUGCGCCUCAAACUGCUCUCGGGAAAUUGUGAACUGGAGAAUCAAGAGGAGUAUGGCACUUAUAAUGUGCCCACCACUUCGGUGCCGGACUCUAGCGGACAAGAGAGCGUGGAUAAUGCGGAAACCGAUAGCAUAGAUGCCGCCAAGCAAAGCAAAGAUUACUUUAAUCUCGGUACCAGCUUUCGACUGGACCAGAAUAAAUCAUAUGUUGACAACGAUCUGCCAUGGCAACCCAUUUUCGAGGGUUCCAAUGCGCUGGACAAAGACGUGGGCGAGUCGAGUCGCAGUCUUUCGGUUGAGCCAACUGAAAUUUUCGAACCAAUUCUGAAUGAUCGUCGUCUUGGCCUAAAGAAUAUUAAGAAAACAGCAAUGGACGUAGAGAUCGUCAAUAGUAUAGCAUUUCAGUUUGACUUAUCACGCAGUUCCACAAAUUGCAAAUAG